AUGGACAAGGAAAAUGAGGAAAGCAAUCAGCUUCAGCCCCAAGACUCGCCCAAUCCUGGGGUCGUCAAACAGAACCUCAAGGACGCGGGAAAUCGGUCCAGUAAUCACUACAAGAAGCGGCUUUCGCCGCUCCGCUUCUAUUUGCGCCAGAAAUGCUUGCCUCUAGUGCGAAGCGAAACGGCCGUGCUUGAGAAAAUCCAGCAGCGGUAUCGGAACCGGGCGCUCGACAUCUACUUUGCCUGGACCGCCAAUCUUGCAUCGCACACCUUCUACGUUCUCAUGUUGCCAUUGCCGCUCUGGUUCGGAGCGUCCCGUAUGGCCCGGGACUUGGUUUUCGUGUUGGGAAUGGGUAUCUAUGUCACGGGAUUCUGUAAGGAUUUCCUCUGUCUCCCAAGACCUCGCUCGCCUCCUUUGCACAGAAUCACCAUGCUGUCCUACACGGCCCAAGAAUAUGGCUGGCCCUCGUCGCACUCGGCCAAUGCCACGGCUGUCACUUUGGUGUUGACUGCGAAAUUGUGGGAAUUGCGCUCUGACUUGGGUUUUGCCUUGUGGCUGGCGCUCAUGGUGUUGCUUGCCGUGUACUACUUCUCGCUUAUAGCAGGCAGGUUGUACUGCGGCAUGCACGGUUUUUUCGACGUCGGAACGGGCGCUCUAAUAGGUCUGGCGAUGUUUAUUUUCCGUCUUUUCUUCGGUACAGCUGUCGACCAGUGGGUUUUUGCUUCUCCGCGGAACGGUUCAUGGUGGGGCAUUUUUGCUACCGCGUGGAUGAUAAUCUUGGGCCACUUGGCGUUGAUCCACGUUUACCCUGAGCCUGUUGACGACUGCCCGUGCUUUGAUGAUUCUGUUGCGUUUGUCGGCGUUCUUAUCGGGUUGGAUUUGUCCCAUUACGCUUGCGUGCUAUCCAACCGUUUCGCGGCAACCAACGCCUUUUUCGAUCCCAUCAGAGUUCCCUUUGAUACGUCUCGUGGACCGAUCAACUGCUUGAUGCGCUUUAUUCUUGGGGUGGCACUUGUGGUGGUGUGGAAGUCGAUACUGAAACCGGUUCUCUUUACUAUUUUACCCCCCAUCUACAAACUAGUGGGCGUAUACUUGCCACGGAGUCACUUUAUCUCGACGGCGCGGACCAAAAAGACAUCAAGACAGAUCCGUAGCCAGUCGCUCUCCAACAUGAAGAAUGAGCCCAUGCUUGAACUCGACAAUGUGUUGAAAUCUGUCGUAGCCAAUGGGAAGACGCAGGUUGGACCUACGGAUGACAUUGAUGCCUACGAGCUUUUGGACUACCAGCUGAAACACCCUGAUGAGAAGUACGAUGUGAAAAUCAGCGGUGUUUUCCGCAAAAGAUACGAUGUGGAAAUCAUUGGUCGUGUGAUUGUGUACGCUGGUAUUUCCAUCACUUCCGUAUGGGGCUUUGCGCUAGCUUCCGAGGCGUUGGGAUUGUAA